GGCUUCUUUGGAUUUCUGGAUUUCGUUUCGCUGCAAAUCCAAAGAAAGCUUGACUCCUCAAAGCCGGUUCGCUACCGUGCGCAGUAAGCGCACGACUUGCGUUGAUUUCAGCAGGAGGAAACCAACGAUCAAAUCGAUGAGGGCCGUAGUUCAGCGAGUGGCUUCAGCUAGUGUUGAGGUCGACGGCCGCACGGUAUCGGCGAUUGGGCCGGGGCUGUUGGUUCUAAUCGGGCUUCAUGAAAAUGAUGUUGAUUCUGACGCUGAAUACAUAUGCCGCAAAGUGUUGAACAUGAGAUUGUUUCCCAAUGAAAAAACUGGGAGAAAUUGGGACCAAAGCGUUAUGCAAAAGAAUUAUGAAGUUCUAUUAGUUAGCCAGUUUACAUUGUAUGGCAUAUUAAAAGGGAACAAGCCUGAUUUUCAUGUGGCAAUGCCUCCAAACACUGCUAAAUCAUUUUACACUUCUCUGGUUGAAAAUUUUCGAAAAUCUUACAGGACUGAUGCCAUUAAAGACGGCAUAUUUGGCGCAAUGAUGAAAGUUAACUUGGUUAACGAUGGCCCAGUGACGAUGCAGCUCGACUCCAGUCCAUCGUCUAAGAGUGAGAAUGGAGAAGCAGAAGGAUCAUAGACGAUAGUCUUCAAGUUCAACAUGAGAUGAUAAAGGAAUGCAUACAAAAACAUUCUUCCCAUUUGCCAUAGUUAGUAUUUAAAGUCAUUGCUUGUAGUGAGACGAAGCUAAUUAGUAAAAGAAAAUGAGAUCCACUCUUCUCCCUUGGUGGCUAAAUUCUGGACAUUAUGUCCAUAUCAUUACCACAUCGAUCAAGAGAAACAAUGCUUGGGAAACUUUUUUUUUUUUUUUUUUUCCAAUGUUCUAAUUGUCACAUAAUGUCAAGAAUUUAGCCACUUAAAAAUGCUUGACAUUAUUGUUUCAAUCAUUACCACUGGAAAAAAAAUGUCCAUAUCAUUACCACAUCGAUCAAACAAUUCCAGUUUAGAAAAAAUCAUUUUUGUAACAAAAUUUUUUUGUCUCUAAAUCUAUUUUUUCCGUUACUAAUGACAUUAGAGACGGAAUUAGGAAUGAAAUUACGUUAGCCACGUGAAUUUUAGGAACGAAAUUCCGUUACAAAUAGAUUAUUUUUUUGUAGUGUACCUGAAACCGAUCGCUCCAUGUUCUUCAAUUAAACACUAUUCAAGAACUUCACAAGUAGUUCACUGCGACCUCCAUAUAUACACAUUUUUCAGCAUAAGUAUACAACUACUACAUCUCAAGCCUUUAAUAAUACUCAGGCAAGGGUUAUGGCAGCCAAACGCAACCUGACAUGUUUGUUACAAAGUUGAAGAGCAACAUUCAACCUUACGUCACUGACUUCUUGUCCGAAGCAUUUGGCUAUGCGGAUUUGACGGUGAGACUCGAACUCGAAACCUAAAGGCCCUAUACUAUGAUAAAUGACGUAAAUGAUCAUCAAAUCUAAAAAUUUAAGCUUUUAAAGCCGAGUCCAUCACCCAAAGUAAGUGUAUUAAUUCAUUUUCUUGCAUUUAAACAACUAACCAGAAUGUAAUACGGAAAUCGAAGGAGCUAGACCUCUUCCAGUACUACAUAGUUCAUCUCAGAAACCUAGUGGGACUGUGGGAGCCGAUGAGCUCAAAAGAUUGUCGGUAAUGUAUUCGCCUUGAUAAGCAUGGGAUCGAAUGACUUCUUUCUGAAUUAUUAUGCUGGAUCAAAUCGAUCCAAGCAGUACGACGUAUAGCAGUAUCAGAACUAUCUGGUUUCUUGCAUUCUAAAAUAAUGUCAUAAUGGGGUAUAUGAUAUCUUCUCAGAGAAGAAAAUAAAUGCCAUGUGGGAGACGACUGUAUUUGUAUGUUUAAAUAAAUUAUCAUGAUAAGUUAUCUUCAAUUCCCAAAUCGUCAAAGAAGCAAAACAGCUGCAUAUGUGUGUAUUGUGUAAUAAAUAGAUUAA